GGACACGGUUGGAAGUGGAGGGGCGGACUGAGCGGCUGUUCGCCGGCUUUUCCUGCGCUGUAGCCGGGAGGUGCCAAUGGAAGACACACAGCAACUAGAUUCUCCGGCUCUUCAGGCGACUGAGGUGCCCAAAAACGAGAUCAUGUCAAAUGUUUCCAAAGGGUCAGAACGUCGGCAACGUUCCCGGAAUGGACAGAAGCUCUUCAUUUGCUCUGAGUGUGGCAAGAGUUUUAACAAGUAUUCACACCUCAAAUUGCACUUGCUAGUACACACAGGCGAGAAGCCCUUCAAAUGCAGUGUCUGUGAGAAGGAUUUUAAUCACCCAUCCAGCCUCCGGAAACACGAGAUCACGCACACAGGAGAGAAGCCAUUCAAAUGCUCUGACUGUGAAAAGAGUUUCAACGACUCAUCAAAUCUGUCCCGUCACAAACGCAUUCACAGUGGCGAGAAGCCAUUUAAAUGCAACAUGUGCGAGAAAGAGUUCACUUACUCUCACCAUCUAUUAUCGCACCAGCGCACACACACAGGAGAGAAGCCAUAUCAGUGCCUGACGUGCAAGAAAGAAUUCAGCCAGUCCUCCUCGUUAAUGAUGCACCAGCGGACACACACUGACAAGAGGCCAUAUAAAUGUGCUGCUUGUGGGAAGAAGUUCCAGUUGUCACGCCAUCUGGUGAAUCAUCGUUGCACACACGCAGGGGAAAACCCACUGGAAUACAAGAAAGAAUUUAAGAGGGAUUCUAUUUUGGGAAGACCUAAGAGGCUAAUUACACCAGAGCUGCUAUCUAAGUGUACCUUUUGUAGCAAGACGUUACGUCUGUCGCACAUCCCGAAACAUUUGCAUGGCGGUGAGAAGCCAUAUCAGUGCUCUGCGUGUCGGCUCAAGUUCAGCCAAUGCUCAGCUCGGAUGGUGAAAUAUCAGCAAGGAGGGGAGAGACCAUAUUUGUGUUCCAUCUGUGACAGAGGGUUCAAGGGCCCUAGCACACUGACGCACCCCAUUAUUACAGGCAGCGGCCCUCAUCACUGCAUUGGCUGUGGAAAGAGCUUCAAGAACCCAUCCCCUCAUCUUCAGCAUCAGGCUGUGCACAUGGAAGAAAGGCCUUACAGACUCGCUGGUUACAGGAAGAGCUUCAAGCAUGCAUAUAAAGGGUGCACACAGUUAAUCGAGCCUUCAGAACAUUCACAUAAAAAGGACAAAAUCCAAAUGUAUGAGAUGCAGGAAAGCCUUUAGAGACUCUUUCAAACUGUUCCUUCACCAGCAUAUCAUAGUACUUGAGAUCUUGUUAUCCACUUCUCCCUGCUCUUUUCCAAACCAGUUUUUUUUAAAAAGAGGUUCAGCACAGUAACAGGUCCUUCUGGGCCAACAAACCCAAGGCAUCUAUUUACACCCAUGUGACCAAUUAACCUAAUAACUGGUACGUCUUUGGAAUGUGGGAGGGGAACCGGAGUGCCUGGAGGAGACCCACAUGAUGUGCAAAUAGUGCUGGGAAUUGAAGCUGGGUGACUGGCGCUGUAAUAGCGUUACAUGACUGCUACGCUACUGUGCCGCCCAAAAAAGAAAAGCAAAGAUGAGAUUCUGCAGGUGCAGGAAAUCCAGAGCAGCACAUAAAAAAUGCUGGAGGAACUCAUCAUCCUGAUGAAGGGUCUCGGCCCAAAAUGUCAUUUCCAUAGAUGUUGCCUGUCCUGCUGAGUUCCUCCAGCAUUUUGUGUGUGUUACCCCAAAAAAGAAAAGUUUUCAGUUAUGGUCAAAAUCACUUGGAUGAGAAUUCGGAUCCCAACAGUUUCACAUAUCCUGCCAUAUAAUGACACAGGAAUUGCUUUUUUGGAGAAGGUUUUGACCCAUUGAAAAUAUGUGUUAAGACACUGAGUAAGCUAAGCACAUGUUCAUUUCAGUAUAGGCAAUUUCUUGGGCACUUGCUUACAGAAAACUGGGGCUGGUUCUCACAUUGACUCUCCCUUGGUUUGUUAGCUGUCUGUAACUUUUUUGGCGUACUCUAUAUCAUGAUCCAUGCCCGGGACUUCCAUGGGUCUCAGUUCAUUGCCCUAAGGCAGUUUCCCAAAGUAGGUGUUAUCGUGCCCCCACCCCCUGCACCACAGGGCAUUGGAGGGUGCUUGGUAGCAAGGGGGUAGCAGAGGAAUUACAGGCUUAAUAUUAAAAAAAUACUUAGUAUUCGAUCCUCUGUCUCAUAAUUAUAAUGAUAAUAUAAUCUCUUCAUUUCUUGCUAACCCACCAUUCUCUUAAGAGUGGUGAAUCUGUGGAAUUCGUUGCCACAGGCAGCUGUAGAGGCCAAGUCUUUAUGUACUUAAGACAGAAGUUGAUGGAUUCUCGAUUAGACAGGUCAUGAAGGGAUACAGGUGUAAGGCAAGAGAUUGGGGCUGAGGGGGAAAAUGGAUCAGCCAUGAUGAAAUAGCAGAGCAGACUUGAUGGGCCAAAUGGCCUGAUUCUGCUGCUCUAUCUUAUGGUCUUAUGUUAUAGGACACUAGUAUCUAAUAAUGGCCUAUAGAUUUUGAGCAUAGGUUCACGGGCUGCCAAGCAUUCAACAAGUGAUGUAUGUUCACCAGGUCUGCCUUUUCAUCAUUCAGGUUUAAUGUCACUGGCAAACACCGUGAAGUAUGUUGUUUUGCAGCAGCAAUGCAUUGCAAUACAUAAAAAACUAUAAAUUACAGUAAGUAUAUAUAUAUAUUUAAAUUAAAUAUGUAGUGCAAAAAUUGAGGGAAAAUAGUGAGGUAGUGUUCAUGGUUCAUUGUCCAUUCAGAAAUCUGAUGGUGGAGGGGAAGAAGCUGUUGCUGAAUUGUUGAGUGUGUGUCUUCAGGAUCCUGUACCUCCUCCUUGAUGGUACCAAUGAGAAGAGGGCAUAUCCUGGGUGAUGGGGUCCUAAAUGAUGGAUGCCAUUUUUUCUGAAGUAUCACCUUUUGAAUGUGUCUUCAAUGCUGGGGAGGUUAGUGCUCAUGGUGGAGCUGAUGGAGUUUACAACUGUCUGCAGGUUUUCCUGAUCCUGUGCAGUGGACCCUCCAUACCAGACAUUAGAAUACACUCAUGGCUUUCAUUUCAUUGCUGUAAGGUAUAGGACUCCAGCAUCUAAAAUAAAGGCCUAUAGUUUUUGAGCUUGGGUCUGUGGGCUGCCAAGCGUUCAACAAAUGAUGCAUCUUCACCAGAUCUGCCCAUUAAGACAGUUGACUCCAUGAGCAGAUGGUGAUUCUUUUGCUCGAACUUUGCACCAAGAACCGGGAUUACCAGGCGGUCGUCUUCUUAAGCCCAUUACCCCUACUGGGGCAUGGGCCACCGACAGCAGCUGUCAGAUUUCUCUGUCCUGGGCCAGUCUUUCUUGUCUCCAGGUGUAGCCAUCUCUUAGGUCCUUCCUCUGCCAGAGGUGAGGUCUUUGGAGCUUCUGUUGGUGUUCCUGGAGCACUGGGUAUUUACGGGAUGCGGUUGCUAGCCCCAUGCCCAACUGUCUUGCAGCCGAGGUUUGGACCGUCCAAGGCAGAGUUAUUACCAGGUUGUGCUCUCUUUUCAUUUCUGCUAAGCCAUGAUGGGGUUGCUGGACAUCCACCCUGAAUGGCUGCAAGUUAGGGCCAAUGUUUGAUCACUUUGUUACCACUGAACCGGUAUUUAUACUACAAUUCAGCUCCUUCCCAAGUCUGCCCAUGUCAUUUUCUUCAAAUGAUUGCUUUACCUUUCAGGGAAUAUUGUUGAGAUAUGCAGGAAAGAACUCGGAGAAAUAAUGAAAAAAAUUGGUGUCAGUAGUGGUAUUUCACUACUGGUGCCAAUGUGCAGUAGAAAAAAUUAAGGAGCUGCAUUUAAAAAAAAUAAUUUUGCUUUGUAUGAUGUGUGGGUAAAUCUAAGUCAUUGUCAUGAACCAUAGGCGGUUUCUAUUUUUGUUUUAUGCAAUUCGGUGUUUAGAAAGGAAGACUUGAAUCCUGCUCUUUGGUAGGAAUGCUAUAUACAAGCACAGACAUAGAUGUACACCACAGGCACCCACAGAAUCCUGAAAUCCUUUCAAAGUAAAUGUAUGUCACCAUAAGCAACCCCAAGAUUCAUUUUCCUGUGGACAUUCACAGUAAGUAUAAAGAAACACAAUAGAAUCAAUGAAAAAAAACUACAUACAAAGAUGGUCAUGCAACCCAUGUACAUAUGAAGAUAAAUUGCAAAAAAAGCUAAUAAAUAACAUAUGGAAAACGAGUUCUUGAGUCCUUGAAAGUGAGUGUAGAUUGUGGGAUCAGCUCAGAGUUGAGGUGAGUGAAGUUAUCCACACUGAUUCAAAAUCUUGACGGCUGUGGGGUAAUAACUGUUCUUGAACCUGGUGGUGUGAGACCUAAGGCAAUACUGUUGAGAAUUAGACACUUCUAUUUGUUUUAGUGAAAGGAGCAAAGAAAAUAUUUAACCAUUACUAUUUAAAAGGUGAUCUCCCUGUAUUGAUUCAUUGAAUGUGUCUAAUAUGAGGGAAUUUACUUCUUUAUAGUCACAUAGAUGGAUCAGGCAACUCAGCGUAACAGUGAGCCCUUAAUCUGGCUCUCUGUCAACUUUACAUCUGUGCAUGCAUGGGCUAAAAGGAAACUGUUCUUCAUGGUAUCUUCAAAUGCACAAAACACCAGAACACCUCAUAUUAUGUCCCUGAACAAAGAACCAUAGGAACGUUAGUACACUGGGAGCACACUUGGCAUGUCCUUUGACAGAGCAGCUAUGUUUACUUUUGAGUGCAAACUUUAUCUCUAACUUGACAAUUUCCUCAUCCACAAAACACAUAAUCCUUGAAAGUGGUGUUCUGGUGGGUCAUAAAGGAGCUUUAGGCACAUUGGCAUUCAUAAAUCAAAGUACUAAGUACAGGGUUACAUUGAGAUUUCUGGUCACCUACCUACCGGAAAGAUAUCAAUAAGAUUGAAAGAGUGCAGAGAACAUUUACAAGCGUGUUUCCGAGUCUUGAGGACUCAAGUUAUAGGUAAAGGCUAAUGAAGUUAGGAUUUUAUUCUCUGGAGCAUAGGAAAAUGAGGGGGUAUUUGAUAGAGGUGUACAAAUUUAUGAGAGGUAUAGACGGUAACUAAGCAGGAUUUUUCCACUGAGGUUGGGUGAGACAGAUGUUAUAGGUUAAGGGUAAAAGGUGAAAUAUUUCAAGGGAGGAGCCUGAGGGGGAACUAUUUCACUCAUGCUGGUGUGAGUGUGGAAGAAGCUGCCAGUGGAAGUAGUGGAUACGGAUUCAAUUGCAACAUUUAAGAGAAGUUUGGUUCGGUACAAGGAUGGGAGGAAUAUGGUGCAGGUCGAUGGGACAAGGCACAGCCUAGUUGGGCUGAAGGGCCUUUUUCUGUGUUGUAGUGUUCCAUGGCUAUUUCAUUUUUAACUACAUUUAUGGAACCAGGUUCUACCUUUUCAAAUAGCAUAUUCUAGACCUUGGCACCAAUUUCUUUUAAAGGAAAGUUAUCCGUCCAUCUCUUUGGAUUGUUGUCAAAUUGUUAUUAUUUUAUGACUGACUCACUUGGUAGAGUGAGUUUUUCUUCAAUUCUCCUGAGACCCUUCAUCAGAUAAAUAGUCACUGUAAGAUCAGGUAUAUCUUUAGACCCUUUGAGUUUUGGCUUUGUAUGUUAUCUAUAAUGUUCUGCCUGUAAUAUCUCAACUGAGACCAAUAUAGUAACUUUUGGAAUUGGUUCAUUAUUGUCACAUGUACAGAGAUACAUUGCAAAGCUUGUCUUGCAUACUGUUCAUUCAGAUCAACUCAUUACACAGUGCAUUGAGGUAAAACACUUACAAAAUGCAAAAUAAAGUGUAACAACUACAGAGGAAAUGCAAUGUAGGUAGAUGAUAAGAUGCAAAGUUAUAUUGAGGUAGCUUGAGGGGUUAACAGUCUGUCUUAUCAUACUAGGGCACCAGUCAAUUGUGUUAAAGUAGUUGGGUAGAAGCUGUCUUUGAGGCUGGAUUAAAAAUUUUUAGAGAGUAGAUUAGAAAGUUAUAAAGUAGUUCUGUUUUCUAUUUAUUGUUUUAUUAAGUAAACCCAGGUAAACCACAUUUUCUGACUAGUAAUUUGCCUUAAGGACGUGUAUUUAUUUGCUGAUUACACAUUUCAUAGAAAACCUACAGCACAAUACAGGCCCUUUGGCCCACAAUACUGUGCCGAACAUGUACUUACUUUAGAAGUUACCUACAUUUUUUCCCUGAUGUCUCUUUACAUAAUCCCUCUGUAUGGAGUUCUCCUCAUGACCACCUGCGUAGCCCUCUAUUUUUCUAAGCUCCAUGUACCUAUCCAGGAGCCUCUUAAACUAAUUUGAAAUAAUUUACAAUGAACUUCAUCUGCCAUGCUGUGUGCAUUUCUUAAAAACUAGCUUGCACAGUAUACUACUUUGCGAAGUUAUAUUUACAGUAUUUUAUUUAGAGAUACAGGGCUUAACAGACCCUUCCAGCCGCAUUGCCCAGCAACCACCGAUUUAACCGUAGCCUAACCAUGGGACAAUUUACAAUGACCAAUUAACUUGCUAACCAGUAUGUCUUUGGACUGUGGGAGAAAACUGGAACACCCGGAGAAAAUCCACAUGCACACAGGAAAAAAUGUAUAAACUUGCUUACAGAGUAUGCCAGAAUUGAACUCUGAACGCCAACUCCCUGAGCUGUAAUAACAUCAUGCUAAUGACUAUGCUACCAUGCUGGCUUUUUGGAUUGUUAACAAAUGGAUCCGUAAGACAUAGGAGCAGAAUUACACCAUUUGGCCCGUCGAGUCUGUUCCUCCAAUCAUGCCUGAUCCUUUUUUCCCCUCCUCAACCCCACUCCCCUUCACCUUUGAUGCCAUGUUCUUAAGAACUCACAUGGUCACAGGAAGAGCAUACAAACUCUUUACAGACAGGAGCAGGAAUUGAACUCUGGUCACUGGUGCUGUAAUGGUGUUAUGCUAACCACUACACUAUUGUGCCACCUCAUAGUGACUCCCUGUAGAUCUAAUUAAAUGCUUUCCAAUAGUCAUAAACACACUAGUUUGAUCAACAUUUUUUCCCUGAUGUCUCUUUACAUAAUCCCUCUGUAUGGAGUUCUCCUCAUGACCACCUGGGUACCACGGUAAUGUAGCGGUUAGUGUGAUGCUAUACAGCUUGGGCAUUGGAGUUGGGAGUUCAAUUCUGACGUCAUCUAUAAGGAGUCUAUAUCCCCCCCCCCCCCCCAUGGCAUGCGUGCGUUUUCUCUAAAGAUGUAGCAAUUGAUAGGUUAAUUCAUCAUUGUAAAUUGUCCUGUGAUUAGGCAGGGGUUAAAUUGGGGUUGCUGGGUGAUGCGGCUCAACGAAUCUGUGCUAGCUCUCCUUUAUUAAUGUUCUCAUCAAAUUUAUUGUAUCCGGGAUGUUAAUUUCCAGUGCCUCCAUUUUUAGGCUGAAUAACUGGUUUUCACCUUUUGGGUAGUUGUACACUAGUAGAUAAUCUCUCUCAACCCCUCUCAAUCCAGUUUAUUUCUUUGCUUCUUGCAGUGAUGUUGAAUGUAUUCCUCCGAUACCAGAUGACUUGCCUAUGUUUGGUGAUUGCUUUGUAUUACAGUCCUGUCUGAAACUACUCACUCAUUGUAACUUUCAUAUUGCCUGCUCUGCUUAUAAAGGCAUGUAGUUUAGAUCAUACUAGGACACAGAACACUACAGCACAGUACAGGCCAUUCAGCCCUUUCAACCUAGAUCAGUCUAAUCCAAACCUCCUACCAUCAUCGUUUUCUACCAUCCAUGUGCCUAUCUAAGAGCUUUGUUAAAUGUCCCUACUAUAUCUGCCUCUAUCACCAUUCCUGGUAGGGCGUUCCAUGCAUUGACCACUCUGUGUGAAGAACUUACCUCUGACAUUCUCCUAUACUUACCUCCAAUUACCUUAAAAUUAUAACCCGUCAUAGUAGUCAUUAUUGUAGACAUGAGAUUCUGUAGGUGCUGGAAAUCCAGAGAAACAUAAAAUGCUGGAGGAACUCAGCAAGUCAGUUAGCAUCUAUGGAAAAGAAAAAAAGAGUUGAUGUUUCAUCAGAACUAUUUAUUUAUUUAUUAGCCAUUACUGGUUUACUUAUUAGUUUUACUUAUUUAGUACUCUAGCCAUUGCUUUUUCAUGAAGGUUACACUUUUAGUCCUUAAUUGGGGACUACUAUUUUUCCUCCCCAACCUCUUUCACAUUGUAUAGAUUUAACCCCAAAUUUCAUAAAUCGACCUGUCUCCCCAAAGGUGAACAUCAUUGGAAAUAAGCAGAUGCUGGAUAAAUAUACUGAAUUAUUUCUGUAGUUAGACGUUUGUAAGUAAACGCUUUACAAUCUGUGGCCACUUCAUUAGGUACAGGAGUGGAACCCGGUGUGGUCUGCUGCUGUAGCCCACCCAUUCACUUCAAGAUUCAAUGUGUUGUGCAUCCAGAGAUGCUCUUCUGCACAUCACUCUUGUAACGCAUGCUUACUUUGAGUUGCUGUCACUUUCUUGUCAGCUUGAACCGAUCUGGUUAUUCUCCCUGACCUCUCAAAGUGUUUUCACUCACAAUUGCUGCUCACUGGAUGUUUUUAGCUUUUCACACCAUUUUCUGUAAACUAUAAAUGUAGACUUGUGUGUGAAAAUCGCAGGAGAUCAGCAGUUUCUGAGAUACUCAGACCACCUCAUCAGCACCAACAAUCAUUUCAUGGUCGAGGUCUCUUAGAUCACAUUUCUUCCCCAUUCUGAUGUUUGGUCUGAACAACAACUAAACCUCUUGAGCAUGUCUGCAUGUAUUUGUGUAUUGAGUUGCUGCCAUGUGAUCAGCUGAACAGAUAUUUGCAUUAAUGAGCAGGUGCACCUAACAAAGUGGCCUCUGAGUAUUUUUAAAGGAGACCGUGGAAGAAAAUUCUCCCAAGCUAUUGCAGCAAUUUUAUUAAUUGACAAAAUAAGCUCAGAUGUUUAAGGGAAGUUACGUUUUUCAGCAUGGCUCCAUUGGGAAUAUUCUUGCUUUGAUGGAAGGUUAAAUUUAAUGGCAAUCGGAGCAGCAUAACCCUCAGAGCAAACACUGAAUUGGCUGAAUUUCUUUUUUGGAUGCUUGAAGUGUGUGUGUGUGUGUACACACACACACACACACACACACACCCCACACACCACACACACACCCCACACAUAUACACACACACACACACACACACACACCACACAUACACACACACACACACACACACACACAAAGUGACCCAUUUAUAGUGGAUAGGAAGUACUCCUUUUCCUUGGCUGAGAUCAAUAUCUAGAGAGGUAUGAAUUAAAAGUAAUUAGUGGAAAUAUUAGAAAGGAGUUAAGGUACGUUUUUUUCCCAGAGAAUGCCAGGAAUCUGAACUGUAUGAGUGGAUUCCAAGGGCAGGAUUUCACAUUGCAUUUUAAAAAGCUGUUGUUAAUGUUUCAUAGUGGAAAAUGGGAUUAAACUGUUUAAGUACUUCACACACGAUGGGCCGAAUGGACGGUGAUCUAAAAUUCUUUGAUUCUAUUGCAGCAUUAUAUAAGCUGGCAAUUUUUUUUUCGGCAGAGAUGUCAAGUCAAUUACACUUCUGUCUGAUUACAAGCAGUAAAGCUUUGAUGGAUUUAUUAUGUUAAAAAAUAAAACAUGGAUUCACUUGGCUAAAGAAAAAAGAUGUACAAUUACUAGCAGGUUGUGCUUGGAAUGGGUGUAGAGUUCCAUUCUGAGGAUACCCACAAGAUCAAAAUAUUUUCCAGUGAUGUAUAUAUGUAAACUUUAGAAAAUAAAUGCAGUGUGGGUGUA